GAGUAUAAAGAGUGCUCAUGAACUGAAAUGUGAGAUAAAUCAUAAAGGAUCGUCUGAAGAGAUGGAAGUUGUGGCUGCUGUAGCAAUUUUCAGCAGAAGUAUAAACACUAGACAAUUGAAGUAUACAACGUUUGUCGGGGACAGAGAUAACAGCAGUUUUGGUCGGGUCAAGGAGGCACUUGAAAGAGAAUUUGGUGUUGCUUAUCAGAUUAAAAAGGAGUGUGUGGGACAUGUAUAG